UUGUUAACGUACGGACGUGGCCGAUAAAGUGAUUCCGAGGGACCACUAACACCUAUAAAUAGCGAGUAAAUGCCCAAACGGUUGCAACUUGAAACUUGAGAAGCUCUAUUAGUGUGGAACAGUGGAAGAAGUGCUCGCCUUCGCUCUUUCGCUAAAUCGCUUGUCGUCUUUAACGAUCGCGAAUCCUAAUCUUGCAACUCUCAAUCGUUGCAGACAAAGAAAGGACCGGAAAGUUUCAUGUUGAAUCUCUAGAUGAAAAGCAGCUGAGAUGAAGAGAACCGAGACUUCGAUUCUUCAACAAAGAAAGAAGAGAAAAAUUGGAGCAGUCGAGUACAAGAAGAAGCUUCGUUCGAAAAUUCCUCGUCGGAAGCGGCUCCAGAUCUCUCCAGUCGUCGGUGGAUCUGUGAAUUUGUUGUUUUCUGAUAAUAAGCCAGGCUUCUCUGUUUUUGCAGAAGCUUCCAGUUCCUCUUCAUGCUUUCCCGACGAACUUUCGUGUACUGCAAGCUGGAUCUCAGUCGGUAAUGAGAAAUUGAAGAAGAAACCAAGAUCUUCUAGCCGAAAGAGAAAGUUUGAGGAUACAGGAAGAUCUGAAGUUGUAUUUGAAGUAGAUGAUCAAAGUUUCCGUCAAUUGGAGAAGAUUCCUGACGAAGAAUGCCGGAGAAUAACGAGGUCUUAUUACCGACAGAGAGAAAAUGAAAAUGCAGCAGAGAACAAAAGAGUUGAAGAAGUCAGAGUAGAAUUAUCAGAAUCAUCUUGCUUAGAAUCGUUUUGUGGAGUAGAGACUCGAUUUCUCAGCGAAACUGAUGAGUUUCCAGCGAGAAAUCUGAAGUUAAAAAGCGGAUCGGGUAAUGGAGUUUCGAAGGCUGUGGAAGGAAAAGGAAAUGCAGCUUCCGGAGCGAUCUCGCUUUCUGAAAGCUCUUGUGUUCAAACCUCCACUCCUCAAGAAAAACUACGAAGUUUCUGCAAAAUUGUCGAAUUCUCAGAGAAAUCGCGUACAGAGAGAGAUAACGGAACCGGAAAUUCUCUUGCAGUCGGACAGAAUGAGUCUAUUUCGGAGAUUUCUUGCAUUGAAUGGCUUAUUGAAUCAAGAAACCAAAAUCUAUAUCCGACUGCUGAUGAUUCAUGCAUAAAGACAACGAAGGAGGAAAAUGAAGGUCAGGUAUAUGAAUUUUCCGAAGUUUCACGAAAUCAAGUUGAGACGAAUUUAGCUGUCUCCAAUUCAGAGUCUACUGCAGAGAAAAAACAAAAGGAAUCCGACUGUGAUGUCGAGCUAGCUUGUUUAGAAAAGCUCUCGUAUGAAGCCGAUUCAUAUAGUUCAACAAGCCAGGAAAUGACAAUCUCCACUCUCGAAUCAGAGCUCUUCCCUACAAUUUCCGAUGGAGAGUUCUCAGACAACUCUCCGUGGCUUCGCGCUGAGUCUCCAAGCGAUUUUUCCGACCGGUCAUUCGGAAAUUCAAUUACGUCACCCUGUUUCUCGUUGUUUCUUCAAUUCUCCCAACAAUUCUCAAAGUCGAGCUCUCGUCCUAAUGGGCAAGCCUCUUCUACAGUUGAAGACGAGAAUCCCAACGAAUUUACAUUGAUGAAGUUCGAAGAUGAGGAAUACGAAGAGAGCUACAGAAACUUCAGGAACAGAGAGAGAAGGCAAAAUUUCUUACACGACUACACCGUGGAUUACUACUCAGUGACGGAGUACGGCGAACUCGUCCUCCAGCAACGGUUGGUGAUGGUUAACUGGAUAGUUGAGCAAUCGAAUGCAAAGGAGCUUCAGUCCGAAACGAUGUUUUUAGGGGUUAGCCUCCUCGACAGGUUCCUGAGUGAAGGAUUCUUCAAACAAAAAAGGAACCUUCAAGUGCUUGGAAUUUCUUGUCUCACCCUGGCCACCAGGAUCGAAGAAAAUCAACCCUUAAACUGCGUUCGACAAAAGGUUUUCCAUGUGGGGAGCGUUGUGUACAGCAGCUGCGAAGUGGUGGCUAUGGAAUGGCUGGUGCAAGAGGUCCUAAACUUCCAAUGUUUCUUGCCCACUACGUACAACUUCUUAUGGUUCUACCUGAAGGCAGCCAAAGCUGACGCAGAGGUGGAGAAGAGGGCCAAGCACCUAGCCAUGCUGUCAAUGCUGGACCACAGGCACCUAUGCUACUGGCCAUCAACAGUGGCAGCUGGGUUGGUCAUCCUUGCAUCACUAGCAAGCAAUCAAGACUCAUCCUGCCAAUGGGUCAUGGAGACUCAUGUUAGAACAAAAAAAGAUGAUCUGCCGGAGUGCAUAAAGAGCCUCGAGUGGUUGGUGAACUGCGUCUGAUUGAGAACCAACAAGAACUCAUCGAUCUAUUCUUUUCACUUAAGGCAUUUGUUGCAUUCAUUUCAAAGACAGGGUAAAUAAAACAGGUAAAUCAAGAUAGUUUUCCAGUCCUAACAAAAGAAACUGAAGUAUUCUAAGCUGUAACAUGAUUUUUGUUCAGUCCUUAGUUGAAUACUGUACUCAUAGAAUUUUCCCUUGUAAUCGUUUUUUCACUCAAAUACUGGAAUCUGUACUGUUUUCAAA